UCCAGGGCGGCCCGCUCAUUCCCCGUCUCUCCCAAACCGCAGUCAGCAUGAAAGCCUUCAGUCCGGUGAGGUCCGUUAGGAAAAACAGCCUGUCGGACCACAGCCUGGGCAUCUCCCGGAGCAAAACCCCGGUGGACGACCCGAUGAGCCUGCUUUACAACAUGAACGACUGCUACUCCAAGCUCAAGGAGCUGGUGCCCAGCAUCCCCCAGAACAAGAAGGUGAGCAAGAUGGAAAUCCUGCAGCACGUCAUCGACUACAUCCUGGACCUGCAGAUCGCCCUGGACUCGCACCCCACUAUUGUUAGCCUGCACCAUCAGAGACCCGGGCAGAACCAGGCGUCCAGGACGCCGCUGACCACCCUGAACACGGACAUCAGCAUCCUGUCCUUGCAGGCUUCUGAAUUCCCUUCUGAGUUAAUGUCAAAUGACAGCAAAGCACUUUGUGGCUGAGUAAAUGGUGUUCAUGACUUUUUUUUUUUUUCUUCUUCUUUGCACAACAACAACAGCAACCACAAAUCCAUAGGAUCUUUUAAGGCGCUAUUUUUUCAUCCAUUUCACAGGGAGGACAACAAGUUGAAUGGACCUUUUUAAAAAGAAAAAAGAUGGAAGGAAAACUAAUAAUGAUCAGCUCCCAGGGUGUUCUCUGACCUGGACUGUGAUAUACGUUAUUUAUGAAAAAGACUUUUAAAAUGCCCUUUCUGCAGUUGGAAGGUUUUCUUUAUAUACUAUUCCCACCAUGGGGAGCGAAAACGUUAAAAUCACAAGGAAUUGCCCAAUCUAAGCAGACUUUGCCUUUUGUCAAAGGUGGAGCGUGAAUACCUGAAGGAUCCAGUGUUCAGUUACUUAAAUGAAGUCUUUUGGUCAGAAAUUACCUUUUUGACGCAAGCCUACUGAAUGCUGUGUAUAUAUUUAUAUAUAAAUUUAUAUAUAUAUAUUGAGUGAAAC